AUGUCUCACCUCUACCAUACCGAACCAGUAGCUCCCCAACUCGCUCUGGUCCUACAUACAGCGGUCGACUUUGUCCAUUGUCAAGGCAUUGGCAUUGGUAUAGUCCAACGCGCAUCAACAGGCGCAGCUAGGAAUAACCUCAUACCAAUGGAGAAGCGCAAGUACAGCGUGAAGCGUAGCCAGUUCUCAGCCGAGAAUGUCAAGACACUAAAAAGAGCUCACAUGUUCGCAAUUCUACAUGCGAUGGGGCUCGCGCGAGGUACAAUCAAACGACGGUGUACUGCGACCCUUAGGGUCGGAAAGGUUGUAGUGCUCUUCGAUGUUGCUAUUGCUGAAGUUGGACAAGAAAGCAAUAGCAAGGAGACAUUAAAAGCAAAGACAAUGGCACGGCAGAAGGGGAGGAAGGCGUGCCGCAGCCGUCGCCAAGCACAAUACAAUGCUCCGAUAGAAACAGAGACUGCUAACAACCAGACGGAAAUCAAGGCUGCAUGA